GCCUGGGGCCGGCUGUCCGGGGUUCCCUAUGGCUCUUCUCCCAGCCAGCAGGAUCAGAGGAGCCAAGGCCCGCCUCGGGCCUGUCUGACCGUCUGCCCACAGCCCUGCUCAGAGGAGGGCCGACUCCCUGACCCCCGUGGUUCAGGUUUCAUUGUGGGCCGCUGGGGUGGGCCAGCGUUGAGCGUGGCCUUUCAGCUCUGCAGGCCUGUGGAGGUGGGGCUCGGGCAGCCUAUCACGACUUGCUUCCUACUCUCUCCUCCAAUUGGGAACAGGAGGAACGGAGAACUCAGGUCACCUCUAGCCUGGGGUGUGUCCCAAGGGCAACCCCAGGCUGGUGCCUGGCAAAAGGGCAUGACAGCAGCCAUGGUGUGAGGUGUCACAGGGCCCAGGGCUAGACUGCCUGGCUCCAGGCCCUUGCCCAGCCCCUCACAGUGCUCAUCAGGGACUAAGGUCCAGGUACAGCUCUUGCUGCCUCUGGGCCAUGGCUGCCAGCCCUGCAGGGGCCAGAUGAAACCCAGAGCCCGAACACCCCUCCCCUCCCCCCAGCACCCCCUGGAUUCCUGAGGUAUGGCUCAGUUACUAGGAGACAGGUCUGCAAGCCCAAGCAGAUUUGGGUGCCACGAGGGCUUGGCCUCAGCUGAGUCCUGCUAGGGUAAAUCCCAGCAGCCCAGGCUCCAGUCUUGCCUUGGGGGUCCCUCCUUUCCAGUUCUGCCAGCUCCUUAGGGCUGCCAGGUACCCACUUCACCCUGAGCAACCCAGGCACUCUGCCUUCUUCCCUCCCCCCAUGCCUCGUCCCUUAGAGCUAUCCAGACUGACGUCUGUACCUACCCCCCAUGUGGGUCUCCCGCUCUCCCUUUGUGGGGACACUGGGCAGGCACUGGGCCUCGCCCCAAGCCCCGCCUGCCGCCUCACCCACUGCCUCUGCCUCCCUGGGGCAGAGCUGUGCCCAGACGAGUGGGGCGGGGCCCAACAGUCCCCAGCUCCUUCAGCCCUUCCUGCCCCUACCAGUGGGGCCUGCUGCGGUGAAGAGGGUGCCCUCUUGUCCAGAGUCCCCCUGCUACGUCUGCCCCUCUCAGCCCUGGCCUGCUGAGCCGGACCCAGCUGUACCCAUUCCCACUUCUGGUCCUGCCGCCGCCUGAGCUGCCUUCCCACCUGGUCCGGGUAGAGUCAUGGCCUCAAGCACAGUUGACCAGAGCCAGGUAGCAAGGAAUGGGCUUCGGGAGAAGGUGCUGACGCUGAACAGCAUGAACCCGAGAGUGCGGAGGGUUGAGUACGCAGUGCGUGGCCCCAUAGUGCAGCGAGCCUUGGAGCUGGAGCAGGAACUGCGCCAGGGUGUGAAGAAGCCUUUCACUGAGGUCAUCCGUGCCAACAUCGGAGAUGCACAGGCUAUGGGGCAGAGGCCCAUCACCUUCCUGCGCCAGCCCCAACUUCCCUGAUGAUGCCAAGAAAAGGGCGGAGCGCAUCCUGCAGGCAUGCGGGGGCCACAGCCUGGGGGCCUACAGCAUCAGCUCUGGCAUCCAGCUGAUCCGGGAGGACGUGGCGCAGUACAUUGAGAGGCGAGACGGAGGCAUUCCUGCUGAUCCCCACAACGUCUUCCUGUCCGCAGGGGCCAGUGAUGCCAUCGUGACGGUCCUGAAGCUGCUGGUGGCUGGUGAGGGCCACACGCGCACGGGCGUGCUCAUCCCCAUCCCCCAGUACCCACUCUACUCGGCCACACUGGCAGAGCUGGGCAUGGUGCAGGUGGAUUACUACCUGGAUGAGGAGCGCGCCUGGGCGCUGGACGUGGCUGAGCUUCACCGCGCCCUGUACCAGGCGCGUGACCACUGCUGCCCUCGCGCGCUCUGUGUCAUCAACCCUGGCAACCCCACUGGGCAGGUGCAGACCCGUGAGUGCAUCGAGGCCGUGAUCCGCUUCGCCUUCCAAGAGCGGCUCUUUCUGCUGGCUGACGAGGUGUACCAGGACAACGUGUACGCGGUGGGCUCACAGUUCCACUCUUUCAAGAAGGUGCUCAUGGAGAUGGGGCCACCCUAUGCCGUGCAGCAGGAGCUCGCCUCCUUCCACUCCACCUCCAAGGGCUACAUGGGCGAGUGUGGGUUCCGCGGUGGCUACGUGGAGGUGGUGAACAUGGACCCUGCGGUGCAGCAGCAGAUGCUUAAGCUGAUGAGCGUGCGGCUGUGCCCACCGGUGCCAGGCCAGGCCAUGCUGGACCUGGUGGUCAGCCCACCCGCGCCCACCGACCCCUCCUUCAUGCAGUUCCAGGCUGAGAGGCAGGCAGUGCUGGCAGAGCUGGCAGCCAAGGCCAGGCUCACCGAGCAGGUCUUCAGUGAGGCUCCCGGCAUCAGCUGCAACCCAGUGCAGGGCGCCAUGUACUCCUUCCCUCGCGUGCAGCUCCCCCCGAGGGCGGUGCAGCGUGCUCAGGAGCUGGGCCUGGCCCCCGACAUGUUCUUCUGCCUGUGCCUCCUGGAGGAGACCGGCAUCUGUGUGGUGCCUGGGAGCGGCUUUGGGCAGCGGGAAGGCACCUACCACUUCCGGAUGACCAUUCUGCCCCCCUUGGAGAAGCUGCAGUUGCUGCUGGAGAAGCUGACCAGGUUCCAUGCCAAGUUCACCCUCGAGUACUCCUGAGCAUCCCAGCUGGGGCCAGGCUGUGCUGCCCUGGACUGUGUGCUCAGGGCCCUGGGGGCCUUUGGAGCUCACUGUACUUGCUCUUGCUGCCUGCAGGGGCUGGGCCCCUGCCUCUCUGCAGGUCCCUAAUAAAGCUGUGUGUUAGUCUGAC